CUGAGAUGGAUCCGAUAACUCAGCUUCUCAUUGUAAUAGCAUUCGUAUCCAUCGGAAUCCUCUUCUCCCCCGAAACAUCCCGUUCAGGAUCCGACGGUGGAUAUUCUUCCACGAUAUCAACUUUGAUUAAACUGGCCCACCUAUUGAGCUUUUCUAUUGCAUGGGGUGCAGCUGUUUGGGGAGUACUGAUUGGAGGCAUUAUCAUGUUCUGGAAUCUCCCAAGACAUCAGUUUGGGAAUCUGCGGAGCAAAAUAUUUCCAGUGUAUUUCUUGACGGCCACUGCAUGCAGCGUGAUUUCGACUAUAACAUUCGCUUAUGACAAUUCAUGGAGAUUGAUGGAGGAGAAAGAGAAGCUUCAGCUCCUCCUCCUCUUAUCUUCGUUCGGUUUCAAUGUCAUGAAUCUCUUUGUGUUUGUGCCGAUGACGAUUGAGAUGAUGGAUGAUGGGCAGGUGAUGAGGAAGAGGCACAAGGUGGAGAGAGAAGAAGACAUUGGAGAGGAAGUGGGAUGGUGGAAGAACAGGCUAGUAGCCAAGCACAACCCUAACCUGGCAGCCCUGAACAAGACAUUUGCAGUUGUCCAUGGGUUUGCCGCGCUUGCGACCAUUGCAUCAGUAAGCAGCCUCGCCAUGUACUCAUGGUACUUGGCUUCCAAAAUUCAUUUCUAAUAUAUAUAUAUAUAUAUAUAU